AUGGAGAGAGGGGCUGGCUGGUUCUCUGGUUGCUGCGUCGCUUGGAUCGCCUCGGCAUGGCUUUUCUUUGGCGCUGGGUCUUUCGUCGGGGCUGAGAUAACUUGCCGAUCUUGUUUCCAGUCGUCUUUAUCGCCCACAUCUUUCCGGGUGAAGCUGCUGCAGUUGCCGUCGCCGCUGGAGGUUCCUCGGAGAGUGAAACUCGGACCAAGCGGCGACGAAGACGGGGAAACCCUUCGGGAGAAUCCCCGUGGAGGAUGGGGUGCAUCGGGAGAGGCCGUGGAGGAGGAGGGCGAAGCGACGGGAGCGCCCCGAAAGGAUCCCGGGCCGGAGAGGGCGCAAGGCACCGCACCCGAGGAAGCCACCGGCGGACUCCCGAAGGAAACCGAGAGGGCGAGCCGGAGCCCCGACCUCGGCGGCUUCCACCAACUCGGGAAUAGGGUGGAGGACAGGGGAAGCUCCUUGCCUUCCGUCUGGGCAGAGACGCAACAGAUGCCCGGAGGAGGGUCUGUUGGGGAAUCGCCGGGCGGCAGCCCCAGAGCACGGAGGAGCAGCGAGGAUUGGCAACCCUUCGGCCCGGACCGGCGCGGGUCAGAAGGAGGUGGUUGGGACGCCUCCUCUCCGGACGUCCAGAAAGCCCGAAUUCCUGGCAGAGGCUCCAAAGAGGAAGGGCGGCUGGGCAAACUGCGCGGGGGCGGAGGCGAAGAGUUGAAACUGUCCAGCACGACCUUUGCCCUGAACGGAGACUCGGCCCACAACCAGGCGAUGGUGCACUGGUCCGGCUACAACAGCAGCGUGAUUCUCAUUCUUACAAAGCUGCAUGACUUCAAUUUGGGAAGUGUUACUGAAAGCUCACUUUGGAGGUCCACAGAUUAUGGUACAACAUAUGAAAAGCUAAAUGACAAGGUGGGACUAAAGACUGUGCUGAGUUAUCUUUACGUCAGUCCUACUAAUAAGAGAAAGAUAAUGCUCUUAAGUGAUCCUGAGAUUGAAAGUAGCAUCCUCAUCAGUAAUGACGAAGGAGCCACCUAUCAAAAAUAUAGACUCAGCUUCUACAUCCAGAGUCUGCUCUUCCAUCCUAAGCAAGAAGACUGGAUUCUAGCAUACAGCAUUGACCAAAAGCUGUACAGUUCUAUGGAUUUUGGAAGGAGAUGGCAGAUCAUGCAUGAACGGAUCACACCAAACCGAUUUUAUUGGUCUGUCAUGGAUUUGGACAAGGAGCCUGACCUUGUACACAUGGAGGCUCGGACACCAGAUGGACAUGCCCAUUAUAUAACUUGCAGGAUUCAAGAAUGUUCAGAGACCACCAGGAAUGGACCUUUUUUGGACUCCAUUGAUACAAGUUCACUUGUUGUCCAAGAUGAAUAUAUCUUUAUUCAGGUAACUUCUGGUGGAAGAGCAAAUUACUAUGUAUCUUACAAAAGAGAACCCUUUACUAAGAUAAAAUUACCCAAGUAUUCACUACCAAAGGACAUGCAUAUUAUCAGCACAGAUGAGAAUCAGGUGUUUGCUGCAGUUCAGGAAUGGAACCAAAAUGAUACAUACAACCUCUACAUUUCUGAUGUUCGUGGAGUCUACUUCACACUAGCCUUGGAGAAUGUUAAGAGCAACCGAGGACUAGAAGGCAAUGUCAUCAUUGAUCUUUAUGAGGUAGCAGGGAUCAAAGGCAUAUUGCUGGCUAACAAGAAAGUAGAAGACCAAAUAAAAACAUUCAUCACCUAUAAUAAAGGAAGAGACUGGCGUUUGCUAAAGGCUCCAGAUUCUGACCUGAGAGGGGACCCCAUUCACUGUCUGCUGCCUUUCUGUUCCUUGCACUUACAUUUGCAAGUCCCUGAAAACCCUUACACUUCAGGCAGCAUUUCAAGCAAAGAGACAGUCCCUGGACUUCUGGUUGCUACAGGUAAUGUGGGCACAGAAUUGUCAUACACUGAGAUUGGCAUGUUUGUUUCUUCCGAUGGUGGAAAUUCCUGGAGACAGAUCUUUGAGGAAGAAUACAAUGUGUUCCUUGAUUGGGGUGGAGCACUUGUGGCCAUGAAACACACAUCAAUGCCUCUACGACAUCUGUGGGUGAGUUUCGAUGAAGGAAGGACCUGGAAUAAAUAUGGCUUCACAUCAGCACCACUCUUCAUGGAUGGGUCCCUAGUGGAGCCAGGCAUAGAAACUCAGAUAAUGACAAUCUUUGGCCAUCUCAAUCUCCGUUCUGAAUGGCAACUAGUAAAAGUGGAUUAUAAAUCUAUCUUUAGCAGAAGAUGUACCACGGAUGAUUUCCAGUCAUGGCAUUUACACAACCAGGGCGAACCUUGUGUCAUGGGAGAAAGGAAGAUCUAUAAGAAACGUAAAUCAGGGGCAUGGUGCGCAUUAUCUAAAGAUUACUCAAGAACAGUGGUUUCAGAACCAUGCAUCUGUGCUGAGUGGGACUUUGAAUGUGACUAUGGUUAUGAAAGACACAGUAAUAAUCAGUGCAUCCCAGCAUUCUGGUUCAACCCAUCCUCUCGGAUGAAAGAAUGUAGUCUUGGCCAGAGCUACUUGAACAGCACUGGGUAUCGGAGGAUUGUUUCUAAUAACUGCACAGAUGGUUUGCAAGAAAAAUAUGCAGCCAAGCCUGAACAGUGUCCAGGCAAAGCUCCCCGUGGGUUACAUAUUCUCACAUCCACUGGCAAGUUGGUUACAGAACAAGGCUAUAACACUACCUUCAUAAUUCUUAUGGAAGAGGGUGACCUCCAGAGGACAAAUAUCCAAUUGGAUUUUGGAGAUGGUACUGCUGUAUCCUAUGCUAAUUUCAGCCCUAUAGAAGAUGGUAUCCGACAUGUUUAUAAGAGCACUGGAAUCUUCCAUGUGACAGCUUAUGCAGAAAAUAACUUGGGUUCUGAUUUGGCAGCACUUUUCCUGCAUGUGGUUUGUCCAGUGGAACGUGUCCACUUGAAUGUGCCUUUUGUGGCCGUCAGAAAUAAGGAAGUCAAUCUCACAGCUGUAGUUUGGCCAAAUCAGUCAGGCACCCUCACUUACUUCUGGUGGUUUGGCAACAAUAGCAAGCCAUUCAUCACCUUGGAUAGCAGGAUCUCUUAUAUCUUUACCAGUGAAGGAAUGAAUACUAUCACAGUACAGGUUUCAGCUGGCAACAUCCUUAUCCAGGACACCAGAAACAUUGUUGUGCAUGAAUAUUUUCAGUCUCAAUUAUUAUCGUUCUCACCCAAUUUGGAUUAUCACAAUCCUGAUAUCCCAGAGUGGAGAGAAGACAUUGGCCGAGUCAUUAAAGCAGCUUUGGUGCAUGUUACUGGUAUUCCCAUAGAACAAAUUCUUGUAGCAGUAUUCCCUGGAUUGCCUACCUCCGCUGAGCUCUUCAUUUUACCACACCAAAACAUAUCAGAGAGAAGGAAAGAUAGUGCAGAUGAUUUGGAGCAGGCUGUUGAAAUCCUCUUCAGUGCUCUAAAUCAAAAUCUGGUCCAAUUUGAGUUGAAGCCCAGUGUCGAAAUAAUUGUUUACGUCACUCAGUUAACAUUAGCACCUCUUGUUGAUUCUGGUGCAGGGCACAGCAGCUCUGCAAUGCUGAUGUUGCUCUCAGUGGUCUUUGUUGGCUUGGCUGUUUUUUUAAUCUACAAGUUUAAAAGGAAAAUUCCAUGGAUCAAUAUCUAUGCUCAGGUGCAACAUGACAAAGAACAGGAGAUGAUUGGUUCUGUCAGCCAAAAUGAAAAUGCACCCAAAAUUACACUUAGUGAAUUCACAGAUCCUGAAGAACUCAUGGACAAAGAGUUGGAUGCACGGGUUAUAGGGAGCAUCUCAACGAUCUCCAACAGUGAAAGCACAAAGGAAAUACCGAACUGCACUAGUGUUUAA